AUCAUUGCGCAAAAUGUUAAACAGGUCUAUUAUGCUCCUUAUCCAUUGCGUACGGAUAAAUCGAAUUGGUGGGUAGUUAUUAAAACGAAGCCUGUGGGUCGUGUUGAAGUCGAGGAUGCUUUAGAUGUAGCAUACCAAAAUGAUAUUUCGAGCGUUCAAGAAAUAAUGGAUAUAGAAUUAGAAAAUGAACUGGAUCAUCCCGAUCACAUACUUGAAGAAAUUGAUAUUGUGGAAGAAACUCCCAUGGAAAAUGAGGAGGAAGAACUAUCUCUCGAUGAUGGGUACUCUUCAUAUAAUGAGUAUUCAUCUGAUGAGGAAGAUUCAGCAGCAAGCAGCAAGUAGUGAAACAAGCGAAAA